AUGAAUAGUAACGAAUCCAGACGUAUUUCUGCAACAAGCUUAAGUCCAGGGAUUCCUUUAAUGGACGCAUCGUUCCCGUUUGCAAAUGCAGUUGCCUUAUACAUCGAUGAUAACUCAGGUUGCUCUAGUCGUGGAAAUACUCCUUCUCCGCGGUUUUCUAAAAAGAGUGAUACUAUACCAGUAAUAUACUUAGAUUCAUAUGACGAUAUUUUAACUGUAACAUCAAGUGGACAAAGCGUGAAUCAUGGCUUGAUACUUUCGCCGUCUAUUGAAAUUUACGAGUUGGGGCCGACUGUAAGUUCUAAGAAACGCGGUUCUAAGCAUAUUAGAAGACACAGUGAACGACCGGCGAGGGUGCGGAAACAUUCUGCGCCUUUGAUGAGGAGUAAUUCUGCGCAAGUACAAAGGAAGAAAUCUGACUCCGGGCUAAGUAAGUCUAGGAGAAGUAGCACGCAAUCAAGGCAGAAAUUCAGCGAUGAAUUAAUGAAACCAGUUACACCAGAAGCGCACAGGAAAGAGAGUAGAAGACGAAGAGCUGUUCUUAUAGUUAUGAUAGUGUUUUUAGUUCUGGUGGCAGCAAGCGUUUUGGCUGUAGUUGUUACGCUGACUCACACUACAGCAGACAAUUCUACAUUGACUUAUUAUACAUUUGCAAAGCCUUCAGUACAAGCUAGAUCUAUAGUCCGGGAGGAAAAUGAGCGAUUGAUGCGAGAGGCAAUGAACAGGGAAAUAUAUACAAAUCCGAAUGCAACAGAUGGCAAAUAGCAAAAUAUGAUUAUCAGUGCGGACACACGUGAAUACAUUCAAUAUUUAGGCAAAUACUCUAGGAAACAUCAUGCCACACAUG